GCAUGUUCGUGCUGCUCUGUUCUUCCUCCUAUCGGUUCCCUGCUAUGUCCGGGGUCAGUCCAUGAUGAGACGUGUGAAGAAAUCGCGCAAUGGCUGUGCUCGUUGCAAGGGCAAACGGGUCAAGUGUGGGGAAGAAAAGCCGCAGUGCGGACGAUGCACCCGUCUGGGGGUGAGAUGCCCCGGCUACGUCCAGUCGCUCCGCUGGGUCACCAAAUAUCCAGAAUCGUCUCCCGAUGCCCUGGAUCAGGAUGUCGCCGCUGAGAAGGACGAUGUUCAAUUCGAACCCUCUUUCCCAUCCCCGUCAGAUCAGCCCGUUGCACCUCGGUCAACGUCGGCCAUCCCGACUCCAUUUGUCAACCCUCUGACUCAGACCUUGGCGGAGGGUGGGGAUUUCAGUGUCCCGUCGACCCCAGACUUCUCCGGCUCGAGAGACUCGGGAUCGAACGAAACGGCGGCCUUAUGUGAGAGCCUCUGGGGCCUCCAGGGAUCAAACACCCUCCCGGAGCUGGCAGACCUAUGCCCCGCUUCUCCAGCAGCAUCCACCAGGAGGGCGUCCCGACAGGACAGCUCAAUAUUCGAACUCGGGUCGCCCAUCCCCUCAGAGUCCAACGCGGAUUUCCUGUCCAUGGCCGCUCCCUCGCUCCAGGACGAGUCACGCCAUUACCCGGGCUUCUCCCCGUCGAACAUUGUCCGGAGAUACCCACCGUCCAGUCCGCGGCCCCCACCCCUCCGCGACUUCACGUCAAUCCCGCAACCCUUGAACAACCCGUCCUGGACGCUCAUCGAAUACUACUUCAAAGAAGUCGCCGCACUAUUCUCCACCUAUGAUAGCCAGAUGAACCCGUUCCGCACCACGGUGUCGCGCCUGUGGGGGUCCUCCUUGGCCAUGUGCAAGACGAUGCAAAGCAUGGCUGCAGCCACCCUCGUAAAUGACUUCCCGCAUUUCGGCCCCUUGGGUCGGCAGAUGAGAGACGAGGCCGUCGACGUCAUCACCAAGGAGCCCACCCUGGACGACAAAUCACUCCUGGCCCUCCUCAUGCUCGGCCAGACGGCCAGCUGGCACGAUUCGACAGACUUGGGCAUCUCCUUCUUCAACCUCUUGCGGAAUCACCUCGACUCCAAACCAUCCGUCACGCGAGACCCUGGGCGAAGUAACAACCACCAGUUCUUCGAAGAAGCCCUGGUCUACUGGGAGAUGCUGCUGUCCUUUGUCGCCGACGAUGCCACCAUCCGGUCCGGUCCCUCCACGGCCGGCACAGGCGAGUCCCUCGUCUUGCAACGGGUGCCCCAUCCGUGGACCGGCAUCGCCCGCGAUACCCAAUCCACCAUGCAAGAGGUGGGCCGGCUCGUCCGUCGGGAACGGAAACGCAUCCGCGCGCGGCGGUUCACCUCCCAUGGUGAGGUCACGCAGGCGCAGCGGGCCCUAGACAAGGCCCGCGAGCUGGAGGAACGACUGCUCGGAUUCGCCCAUCCGGCGGAAGCCGAGAUCGUCUCCCCCGGGGAUGAUGAAACCCCCGUCUGGCAUCUGCUGACCAUGGCGGAGGUCUACCGCUGCACGGGUCUCAUGCAGCUCUACCGCGCCUUCCCCGAUCUACUUCAGCGCCGGCUCCCUCGGCCGCCUCUGUCCUCGUCGUCCGUCCCCUUCCCGGACCCCUUCCUGUCUGUCGAUGUGGACACCGACCCCGCGACCGCCUGGUUCUGCGACCCAUCGCAUCUUCCGACCCCCGAGGGUACGAAUCCCGCGAAUCCGCCGCCCGCCGACCAACCCCCGCCCGACGCCUCCUACCACGACACUUGGCUGACCGAGUUCGCCCUCACCACGCUCUCCCGGCUCAAGACCAUCCCGCUGGAGUCGCGCACCCGCUGUCUGCAGCCGUUCCUCCUCGUCGCCGCCAGCAGCGAGCUCCGCCUCCCACGGAGCGAUGACCCGUCGGUCGACGCCUCGUACCGAAGCAACGAGCACGGACCGAGCAUCUCAUCGCACGCGAUCGAGGUGUCGCGGACUCGGCGGUUCGUGCUCGGACGGCUCACCUCGUUCCUGCACGUGCUGCCGCCCAAACCCAUCCAGGUGUGCCUGCAGCUCGUGGAGGAGGUCUGGCGACGGAUGGACGCGGGCGAGGCGGAGGCGUACUGGAUGGAUGUGAUGAUCGAGAAGGGGUGGGAGACCACCAUGGGUUAA